ACGCUAGACACGGCGCUAAGGAUGUUGCAAUCCCGUUUAACAACUCCGCUCUCUAAUGCUAAGCAGCCUGCAGCCAUACGCUUAUUAAGAGAGCUAUCACACCUGCCUCUACCGUGCCCCACCACCUCGCGCACACCACCACCUCGCGCACACCACCACCUCGCGCACGCGCGG